UUUAAAGUAAAGUCGCAUGGUGAACAUAUGGUAAACCUUUUCCUCUUCCACCAAUAUUUCAUCUCAUUUCCUCAUGUAUGAUCUUUCAGGGAUAUGCGAUUGAAUUCUCGUUUUAGUAACUUUUCCUUUCUUAUCGUUUUUCUUAUUCGACAAUUUGAAUAGCUAUGCGAUUACAUCAGCAGCGUUAAGCAGGUACAGUGAAAAUCUGCCUUUCAGUAGAACAAUACCUCUUGUUUACACUGACGACAGAGGUGUCCAAAUUAUGCAUACAGAUGCGUAGAGAUGCAUAAAUUACGAGGACAGUGAAGUGAGCGUCGUUCGAACCCUGGGUAGCCAUGUCGAUUCUUUGUUUUACAGGAUGUUUUGUUUCCCGGCAAAUACUCGAUCUAUGAUAACAAGAUAACACUAGAUGUGAUAUUUGAUUGAAGAACUUAAGUUCUAGUUUAAGAUGACUCAAAUUGGAGAUUCUCAGCGGAAAGAGCAAGUGAAGGAAUUUCAGCGAAAUGCACAUCGUUUACUAUCCGAUGAUGAUCGUCAUUAUUUACAUUAUACGCUCAAAGAAUACCAGACUUACAAGUCGGUGGAAAAGUUGGUGCUUGCACUCAAAUCAUGCUUGGAUAAUCCUCGCAAGAAGGACCUACUUGUGGAUAUUCGAAACCUCAUUCCACCCGCACAUUUGAGCAAGUUUGAUAGUUUAGCUCCGUACAGCGAAAUGGCGCAUCCUUUCGAACCACCUAAUCACGCAGCUCAGCAUCGGAAGACGCAGAGUUUGCCCCACAGUUACAAAAACAGCGAGUUGCGAGCUCUUGGAAGGAGUUCCUCGCCGAAUAAUAGCGGUUCUUUUAAAGUGAUAACCUUGACAAGAACUUCUCCCGAAGAUUCAUUGGGUUUCAAAAUAAAAGGAGGCCGGGAUUCUGACAGUGUGCUCUAUAUCUUUGAGGUAGACGAUGAUUCCUCUGCUGCUAAACAGGGUCUCAAAAAAGGAGAUCAGUUAAUUGAGGUCAACGGAAUAGAUUUUGAGAAGAUAACCAAAAGUUCCGCUGAGAACCUUCUCAGUACGAUGAAUAAAAUGAAAUUGGUCGUCAAGUCGGUUGGUCUUGCAGCAGGACUUGAUUUAUCUGAUUCCUGGGGUCACAGGAAUGGUAAAGUUAUUCACAAUGGAAUAGAUGAGAGUGAUAGUUUGCAGGCUAGCAGUGGAAGUGGCAGUAGUAGCAUAGCUCUUCAACAUAAUUCCCAUUUGCUGGACAAAGCUGAUGAGAGGAAAGUUAACCUUCAAGUAGAGUCAACAACCAAUGGUUUUAUAGGAUUUAACAUUCGUGGUGGAAGUGAAUAUGGCUUGGGUCUCUUUGUAUCUGGCAUUGAUCGUGGUUCACUGGCAGAGCAAGCUGGCUUCAAAGUUGGUGAUCAGAUCAUGGAAGUGAAUGGAAAGAGCUUUGAAAACCUCAAGCACAAAGAGGCAGUUGAUUUUAUUAAAUCACAAAAACACAUAAUGGUUACACUAAAGGCAGUGGGAAGACUUCCUGAGGCAAAACAUUACCACUCACAAAUCAGCUGGGUUUAUCCUGAUGGAAGUGUUGUGGUUGAAGGAAAAGAAACUUUUACCAGAUCUAUCUCAGCUCCAGCCUCUCCAGUCUCCUCUCUAGAGCUAAGUCAUUCUAGUGCCCAGUUUCCUGAAUUAGGAGAAAUGCCAACAAGGGACACACCCAGUCCCAGACCACAGAUGCGAGAAGCUAGUGUCCAGACUCCUCAACCUUCUCCGGAACCUCCUCCAGAACCUGUGCCAGAAACAAGAGAGGAAGUUGUAGUUGUUCAUGUGAAACAGGAUUUUGCAGAUUUACAAAGAACACAGAGCUCUAAAAGUCUGGCAACAUCAUCAAUUAAUAGUGGUGAUGACAGUGAAAAGCAGAACUCAAUUCGAUCAGCGCAUUCUUAUGAGAGUGUCAGCAGCAGUAGAGAGGAAAUGGCUAAGAGGUAUUCAGUUUCUAGCAUGAGCAAGGAGGAAGCCAUUUUGAGCGGCAGUGAUGGUGAACUGAAUGACAAAAGGAAAGUGAAGAAAUCCAAGUCUUUUCUUCAGAAACAUGGGGACAAAAUCAAAUCAAAGUUGAGCUUCAGGAAGAAAGGAAAACCAAAAGUUGAAGAAAGAGGUGGCUCCACAAGACAACAGAUGUUACUGUACAUUGAAGAGAAGGCCAAAAAGAUUCUGGUAGUGGACGAAUACAAUGCUGUUAUCAGGCACAUCAAACAGUACCAAGAAGAUUCAGAUGUAGAAUCUCUUGUUAAUAAACUGCUAGCAAUACUGGACAAGCCAGAAAAGGCUCUUUUGUUGAGAGAUAUCAGGACGUUAGUUUUACCCUACGACCUUGGAAGGUUCGAUGCUAUGGUGUCAGCGCAUGAAAAGGAGGCAUUGGAGUACCUCAGUGGAUUCGUGCCCGGUUCGCCAACCAUAAUACCUACCGUUGCUGAGAAACCGAAACGUCAACUUGUGGCUGCAAUUCAAGACAGCAGAGGGAGUUUUCAAUUAAGAACGAAAGAAGAAGUGGAGAAAAUCAAACAGGAAAAGGAAGAGAUGGCAAAAAAGCGAGAACAAACGGCCUGGCUGGGAGGCAGCAUUCUCGAUCGACAUACGAGAGUCCCAAACAAUCCAAACGCUAUCAUACGUUUACCGGAAAACUAUAGAAUGGAUUCUGUUGCUGAGAAAGAUUCGACCACAAGUAGCAAUGCUCCAACUUCAUUUGAUGUUCCAGUGAUACAGGUGAACAACGGCGAGGCGUCCAGAGGAACGAAACACGAUGAAAACGACAAUGAACGACUCGUGGCGUCGAACUCGCUCCUUGUUCCCGACAGAGUAUCGAUCGAGUACAAGGACGACGAGGAAGCAGUACCUGCAGCGUUCACUUCAUCAGGGUCUCCUUUUUCAAUGGCUGUUCCGGUUAUAUCCGUUUCCAAUGACAACAAAGCAGUUACGAUACUACUCUCGAAAAAGAGAACAAGUUUAGGUAUAAGUAUUUCUGGAGGAAAAGGCUCCAAGACGCAACCCGAAGUCAGGGUAGAGAAAAUUUUUCCUGGCGGCGCUGCAGCUGAUGAUGGAAGACUCAGGAGUGGUGAUGAAAUUCUGUCAGUGGACGGCGAGAGCCUUCAAGAUGCUACACACGCCGAGGCUGUGGAUAUCAUCAGAAAGUCGUACAACAACAAGAGCAAGGAUGUCAUGGAGAUUGUAGUGAUACCCAAGCAGUAGCAGAGUUUUGUGAAGUAUUAUUUUAUUAGUAUGGGGUUAACUGGGUUAACUGUACGUUGGACAAGCACAAAAUCACAUGCUUUCAGACGCGUAGUAAAAACAGUUUUACACAAUUUAGUCUACUGUAAGAAAAAAGUAUACUUUCUCUAUUUGACAAUCACUUCGGAAAUUCUAUCCGUUUAGCCAACAUUCACUUUAAUUCGUGUUGAAAAUUUUCCCGAUCAGUUUCCAGGGACUCAUUGGAAGGCAGUGGUAAUUUCACAACGUUUAUGUUUGGAGUUAGACUGAUUUUUUAACACAAUUUUCUGCUUAGAAUAACCAGUAACAAUAAUUUUUAUGAAACAUCAACUGAUUUUAGAUCAAAGUUUUCAAGAAGUUUUCCAAGGUUUGCUCAAUAAUUAUGUCAUGUAGCACAACGCUUUCAGCCAGAAUUGUAAAUACAUCAAAAUGGUUUUAAUCACAUCACAUUUACCUAUCGCCCCCUUGCGUUCCCAGCCGUCUGCUUCUUGCCACUAAGAAUCCUAUUUAUCCAACGUUCCUUAAUACACCGCUGGCUAUUGAAUCGCCUGCAUCUCUUAGUUUUUAGAAUCGAUGCAUAUCACAAUUACUUUUGUCUGUUUGGUUAUAUAACUGGGCGCAGGACGUCUUUUUAAAACCGAAAAAGAGCGCUAAACUCAUACUGCCACACGUCUUACGUAUUUAAUGAAUGAGUUUGCCAUCGGACAUGCAGUCCGUUUCAAUUGAGCUGGGCAGCCAUAUUGGACUUUUUGAAACUGCUGCAUAUGUUUAGUCAGAAAGGAGUGAUUUCUCUUGUGUAGGUAACUUAAGUAAAUGACUUCAAUGUC